AAAUCUGUUCCCUGUAAACAUAUGUCAGGCCGAGCAGAAAAUGACAAGUGUGUGUUAUCUGCCAAGCACAGGAAAAACAACAAAUAAAAUUUUUCGUGUUCCGAGUUAAAUCCACGUUGAACGAUUUUUUAUUUGUUAUGUAACAGAUAACGCGGUGUUCAACGACUGAAACCUUCUAGUUGGGGCUCCGCACAAUGGAGAACUUAUCAAAUAUUGAACUGGAAUGGAUCGACCAGACUAACAACAGCUGGUCGCUAAAAGACUGUGAUAGUAUAGCCAAUAGAGACCUCGUGCAAUCAAUGUAUGAUUUUCUGAUACAAAACAAGGAAAUCCGCCUGAUCCCGACGACUUUAUCGCUGUUUAACGACGUUCAGAUUUUUCCAAGCUUUCAAUACGACGGUGCGUCUAACUCUGAGUUGAACCACUACAUUGCCACUUUACUCAAAUCGCAAAUUGACUUGGCGAGAAACGUGUGCUCUUCCAGUCAAUUUGCGGCGAUUCUCAAGCAAAGACUGUUGAUUCUGAGACGGAUUUAUCACGCGCUCAUUGUCAAGUACCACGAUAAGGCCAAAACUGACCAAACCACGAGCGAAAAUAACACAAAUAUCUUGGCUAAGGAAAGCUUGUCAGGCUCUCAAGCUUUGCUGGAGAUCGGAGUCAAGACCGGCUUGAGUCUUUUAUUUUCUCUGUUACGGCAAAACUGGCAAGUCAGUGAUAUACUCAAAGUUCCCUCACUGUGCAAUUCAGUUCUGGAAACCUCCUUCGACCUCCUCCAAAAACUACCACCUUUAUGCCUCUCUAACGACACUCAGCUAACAAACCUUGGGAUCACUAGCUUGGAACAAGUCUCCGAUUUUCUCAAAGACGCUGUUUUAAAUUCGCCGAAUGCCGAUUCUCAUGCGAAGCUUCUCUCAUGUAAACUGCUCCUAGCCCUAGCUUUGCAAAGGGGCUCUCUGAGGUACUUACUCGACUGGAUCGAGAUGGUCUUAGAUGCGUCGUGUAAGACAGAGGGGAUUCUAUGUGAUUCCUUUUUCAAAAGUGCAAUUAUGCAGCUCGAGAGCGGCAAAUAUAAAAUUAAAUCUGAUCUGUGGAAAGGGCAGACGAGUAGUGAGGUCUCGGUUUAUGAAGCUGCGAUUAAUUUGAUGGAGAUUUUGGCCGGAAUGGCUAUUGAUUUCGGAGGAGUUUGCUCAGCUGUUGAAACAACUUCAGAGAGCGAAGUUGGAGUUUAUGAAAAGAGCGACGUUUACGUGUGGGGGAGUAAUUCCUCCCAUCAGUUGGCAGAGGGUAAUCAGGAGAAGAUUCUGAUGCCGGUUAAGUCGAAAAUGUUCACACAGGUGCAACAGGUCGAAGCCGGACAGUAUUGCACCUUCGCCAUCCACUGGGACGGCUCGGUGAGUGCCUGCGGCAAAGGCAGCUACGGCCGCCUCGGCCUCGGCGAGUCCUCCAACCAGAGCCUCCCCAAGCGCAUUCUGCUCGACUGCGUUGUGAAAAAACUCUCAAGUUCGAAAGGCAGUGACGGUCACACCCUCGCCCUUGCCGAGACGGGCGUCGUCUACAGCUGGGGCGACGGCGACUACGGUAAACUAGGUCACGGAAACUGCGCCACACACAAGCAGCCCGAACGCAUAACGGGCCCUUUCCUCGGAAAAACCAUCAAGUACAUCCAUGCCGGGUACCGGCACAGCGCCGCCGUCACCGACGACGGCAAACUCUACACCUGGGGCGAGGGCGACCACGGCCGCCUCGGGCACGGCGACAGCAACGCGCGCUAUGUCCCGACGCAAGUGGCGGGCUUGGCGGAGGUCGGGUCGGUGGCGUGCGGCAGUUCGCAUACGCUGGUCGUGUCGAAGGACGGGAAGACGGUUUGGUCGUUCGGGUCGGGGGAGCAUGGGAAGUUGGGGACGGGGGAAUUGGGGAAGGUGUACAGGCCGCAAGUGGUCGAAGCGCUGCAAGGCUUGACGAUACAGAAGGUGUGUGCAGGGACGUGGUUUUCAAUGGCGUUGACGACGGCAGGGGAGGUGUAUACCUGGGGGAGUGGGGCGAUUUUGGGGAAAGGAUCGGCCGAUGCUAUUGUUAAUUUGCCGAUGUAUGUGGAGGAUUUGGCGCAGUAUAGGAUUGUGGAUAUUUCGGCAGGGGAUAAUCAUUGUUUGGCUUUGACGGAUGAACAUGAGGUUUUUGCAUGGGGGACGAAUAGUAUGGGGCAGUGUGGACAGGGGCACACGUGUAGUCCGAUUACGAGGCCUUUGAAGGUUAUCGGGCUGGAGGGAGUGUCCAUAAGGCAGAUAAGUGCAGGCACUUCGCAUUCAAUGGCGUGGACGUCAAUGUCGACGGAAAACCACCACAUGACCAAACACAAACCCUUCUGUCUCGACCUCCACGAAAAAACGUUCAUUUUAUUGAAAAAGUUCCUCGAAAAAUACACCGUUUCGUUCAUUUACGAGACACCACCGCCUCCUUUCAAAACAGCAACCGAACAUCAUCGAUUCGUUUUGCUAACGUUAAAACUCUUAUGCACACAUUUAAGUCUUUGCAUUAAUGGAAACUUGAGCGACAACAUACUCAGCAACCAUACGAAGCAACUACGGCUCAUUUUAUUUAGACUGGUCGAUAUUAAAACACCACCAGAGAUUUAUUCAACUGUUAUCGAAUUGAUAAAUGUUGGAGCGUCUUUACUUUUACCCCAAUUGCAAGAGCGAGUCGAGUUUGUACACGAACACUUAUCGAAAGAUGGGCUAACGCAAGGGCAACAAAUGUUGCUAAAUAUCGUGUUAUGCAGUUUGGAGGAUCCGGCUCAUAUUGCAGCUUUGUUGCGAAUACAAGAACAACAACUGACUGAGACUCUGAUGUCGACCUUGCUCCAGUCAUUUAGUAAACUAACGGAGGACACCCUCGAUAGUGUAAAAAAAUACAUGGAGACGCAACCAACAGACGAAUGGAAAAACGCAGCAAGUACGACUCAAACCCACUUGCAAAAACUGCUAAGCUCGUUACAAAACCACCUACUAGCUCACGUCGUCAUCAAAAAUAACCAGAUUUUUCACAUUUUGCACAAUCACCUGAACCAGCUGUUCCCGCUAAUCAUCCGAGUCUUGGAGAAGUCUGCUUGUAUCUUAGAACAGUACCCCCCAAGUUUGGAGUUACUUUACAACGUUCUGCUAGACUCGGUUUCCGGCUCAAUGUUUCUAAAAUUACUAAGUUCCCUAUUGUUGAUCCCGCCUGUCUUCAUCAAAGAACUCCUACCCGAACUUUUAAACGUCUUAGUCUCGCUAGACCGUUUCAAUAAACUCCUCCCUGUCGAGAUAACAAACGAUGUGAGCACGGUUUCCUCGCGUUCGGAAACCCCGACUUUGGCGCAACUCGCCGACCAAUCGUGGCUGUGGAUCAUCGAUCUGCAGCGCACGUGUUCGCUGCUGAUUGGCGAGUGUUUGGGCGGGGCGUUCGCCGGCGACCCGCCCACGAUUGAGGAAAUUUCCUGCUGGAAUUGGCUCAACACUGAUUUGUUUUCUGCCGGGAUUGUCAACGAUGAUAUUGAUGUGCAAACGGUGGUAGAUAUGUCACACACCGCAUUGUUAAAUCUCCAAGACGCUCUGUUAAUAAGUCUGGAAAAUAUGAGUCCAACUGUCCAGAAUUAUUGCAAGUUGGCGUUCAAACUGCCACAGCAAUACGACGAGGCUUGCGCUCUAACCACCGAAAACGAAUUUGCGCAACCGUUUUUCGAAAAUGAUCAAUUCGAGUUGUGGGACAACGACGGCAAAUUGGCCGAUACUGUGGUCCAGUGUUUCCUUAUCACUUUAUUGAAACAAACUGGGUUGAUUAGGGAGUCGACUAGUCACGUUGCGUUUCCCGAAAUUUACAAAUUCACCUUCAAGUUGCGCCAGAAAUUGAUCAGUUCGUUGUAUUGUUGUUACGAAGAGGAGAAAAGCGAGGAACAAAGUCAGGAUGAAGAACAGAGAUUUGCGACGAUUUGUCGCAAAAUCCUGCAAAGGUGCCUCUUCCUGCUUAUUUUCGUGCAAGGUUUGGAGCUAGAUUUGGCGGACGAGGGGAGUUCGGACGAAGAAUGCGACUUUACCGACUUUUACAAAACCAAGACUUCGUUUCGGGAGAUUACGAAAAUAUGUAAUUUGUGUUUGAGUUUUGUGUGCAACGAACCGGCGGAAAAACUCUCGCUGAUUACGCGCGGUAGCCGCAAAAAUAACUGGUGCACCAAACCUGCCGUUUUCUACAAAGCGCUACAAGCGCAGAAAAACCGGGCUUGUAACCGACUUGAGAGUCUCAAAGACUUGCUCAAGCUCAUAACCGAGAAACAGUCGUCUCCGACUGUGUCUAAUCUGAUUUAUCCGCAACUACUGGCCGGUUAUUUCGGUUUCUGUAAUUACAAAUCGGAGGACGUGUCGCAUUAUUUGUUCCACUAUUUCGACAAAAUCCAAGCGAGUCCGGUUAGGUUCCAAGGGGAGAUUCGCACAAACAUGCACCGCGUUUACGACUUUCUGAUCAAAUUGCUGAACAAUUUGGUUGGUAGCAGUGAGAAUCGGCAAUUGUUAUUCACGACUUUGUUCACCCUGACUGCGAAAUACGAGCCCAGUGAUUUGAACUUCAUUAUUGGGAAAAAUCUCCCGGCUUCACUUAUGUCGAUCGAGGAGGAUAAGACUGACAUUUUGAGUAUUGCCUCAGUUAGACUGAGUCGAAUUCUUGCCAUGUGUGCCUGCAUACAUUCGAAAAAAAUCCUGCUGGGCACCACCGAGUCCAUAAUUGAUAAAUUGUACGACCAGUUCAUUGCCAACAUUGGUGACACCCCCAAUGCCAGUUUGGUGUCACUUUGUGAUAAGAGUUUUGGCGAUUUUUUGGUGUUUCUGAGGGUCAUUGGGUCGAGUAAAGUGAUUAAGACGGUGCUAGCGUCGAAAAAGUGGCUUGAGGCGCUUUUAUCAGUCUUGGACACGUCUGAUUUGUUUAUGAGUUAUCCGGUCCAGUUGAAAUUAUUGAGACCCAAAAUGAUGGUACUUCAAAUCUUACAAAAUAUUUUACCCGGCUUGCAACCCAAAUUUCUUCCGUCUGAUUUACGCAAAUCCGUUGUUAAUAAAUUGUUUACGCAACUGGGGAAAGAACUCUGGAAAAAAACAAGUACGGAAUCGCUCCCAACUCAACUGGUUGAGAGUGAGCUGAAAUUGAACGAUUUACUGGACGAGGACGAAGAGGAAAAUAUCCCGGUUCACGACAUGGGCUUUGAUAUCAACAAAUGCCACAAUUGUGUUAUUGAAAGUAAUUUAACUUUGGUGCAUGGCUUCGGGGGGCGCGGGUACGGCCUCGGCCUCCAGGCCAUACGUUCCGGUUGCUACCAAUGGAAAAUCCUUAUUGUGAAAGAAAAUCGCGGUAAUGAAGGGACCUGUAUUGGGGUUUCAAAAUUCCCGGUUAGGGACUUCAGCCACCGGUCGACCACCGACAUGUGGCUAUACCGGGCGUACAGUGGAAGUCUCUACCACAGUGGCGAACGCGACAUUAGCUUCCAGUGCUACACACAGGGUGACUACAUCACUGUCGUCUUAGAUAUGGAUGCGAAAACGCUCAGUUUUGGCAAAAACGGCGAAGAACCGAGAGUCGCUUUCGAAAAUAUUGAAGCAACGGAACUGUACCCUUGUGUCAUGUUCUACAGUACGGGGCCGGGCGAGAAAGUAAAAAUUACCGACAUGAAGGUGCAUAGCAAGCAGAGGGACUUAUUACCCGGUGAACCGAAUUUGGCACCGUUACCGGCGGUUUUAACCGAAGCGUAUGUCACUCUGAUCAGGAGGCUGCACAAUGCAGACGCCUGGACGAACGAGGUCAAUAGCGCUAUAAUUGACCGCCUGAGUCGCAUCGAGGAUUUGUUCGAACAAAUCCACUUUUACAAUUCUGACGGCGAGGAAAGUGAGGAAAACUCAAACAGUCGUGACAUGUACUCAAAAAUAAAUGAGUUGUGUUUGACCGUAUGGCCCGCCUUGGUGACAAUUGGAGGUUUUGAUAGGGGGUUGAGGAUAGGCGGUUAUUGUAAACACAAGGGCACCGGUCGUCGAGCAAUUGUUUUAGGAAUAUUAAAAAAAGGGAUAACGACGGUAAACGUCCAGUGGGAGUCAGACGGGAGCAUUUCUGAUGUUUCUAUGUCAAACUUGGAACAUAUCGAGACUGCUCCUUUCAACAAUAACAAAUUUUCGGGCUUGAGUCCCAGUCUUUUGUUCCAAGUGGCGCGUCUCACUGGCCUAACAAACGAGUUAGUUUCGCCGGAAUAUAACUUGACACGUACUGAAGAGGAGUUGUUGUGUGAGGACCGGCAUUGCAGAUCUGAUUCGUUGAGGUCCUGUUCCGACUCACAAAUCCACAAUCAGUACACCUUUCUGGACACCCCAGCCGGUCCUCGGACGAUCGAUUCGUUAACCGAUGAAAUGGUGAGCACGAUUUUAGUCGAAAGUAAGCGAAUAAGUGUCGAGAAAAUGGUGGGAACGCAAAGCGAGGCAACUAUAUCGAAAACACCCGAGAAAAAGACCAUUAAUCACGAAAUCAAAAAACUGGAGAAGAAACUGCUAGACUUGGAAGCCAACUGUUUACAAAUUGCGUUUCUCCAAUUCGCUGCAAUGAAAACCUUAGGCAUAUUCCUAACGUCAAGUCUCUUCGCCGAGUUAUUUCUCGUCAACGAUCCGGUUAAAACCACACCACGUGAUGAAAACACCCUAAAGCGAAUAAUGUUGGUGCUAGUGGAGAAAAGCAUUGAGCAGUGCAAAUUGCGAUCGGUUGUAACCUGUGCCGAAUUCGAGCGCGCGCAAAGUAUUCUCCACUUGAGUUUUAGUAAAAGCGCAAGUGUGGAAAAUUCGCCACAACGUGGCGCUAGUACCGACGAAGUUGGGCCGAGUCUUGCCGAGGCCGGGCCGAGCCAUCGGCCGCCUCAAGUACUUGUAGCUCCAAAUCCCCAACCCGAGGACCAACAACCGUCCCCUCCACCUAUUGUUUCGCACCUAUUAGAGAUGGGCUUCCUCUUGCCUCACAUUACAGCCGCCAUGAAGGCGACUCAAAGCUCUGGCGAAUUUAACGCCCAAACUGCGAAUAUGUUGGCGGUUUGGAUGCUCGAACACCCACAAACCGGCGAGGACGAAGCCGUUGCGCACGAAUUGGUGCGACAACAAACAAUUGAUUCGGCGGAGAUCGUGCACGAGAAUAGACGAUCUGAUCGGAGAGCUUCGGAUUACACCGGUUUUGCAUACAGGGGGGUUCCCAGAAGGCGGCGAGCGGUACCAGUUGAUGGUUUUCUACCGGUGGAUGGCGCCGAACUCAACGAGCAUUUUACGUCGGAACUGUUUUCGACGAGGGCCGGUUGUGUUAAUGUACAACGACCGGUUGCGAUUUGUUCGUACUGUGGACACUUGUCGCCGAAUAUUAAGGGUCAUAUGGAGAUGAGGCAUCCGGGUUGUGGGGUGCCAUGGGGGCCUAGUACGUGCGGAAGUGUUACAGGUUCACACUACAUCAUGUGUUACAAAUGCCAAAGAAAAUACAUCAACAGGAACCAAAAUGAUAAUUAUUUGCAGUUCCAAGCGCCUGAUUUAAUCAUUGAUGAGCACGAUACGACCGAGACCGAUAUCCAGGCAAUGAAAUUCGUUCUACCGCCGUACGAAGACAUUUCACAGAUUAAAACAUGUUUGGGAAUCAACGAAAAUGAGUUUAAUGUCCGGCCUAUAGCCCUUACGAAUUUGGAUCCUUUGGGUACUUCAGCCAUACCGAAAAUAAGCAAAGAGUCGGAAACGCAGAGAGAGGCCGACAAUCGCUUUGUGGGGAAACAAGCAAUGUCGUUACAAAACUCACUUGAUCGCAUUUUGGCACUGAAACAUAUGACAGGCUCGAUUCAUGUGUUGUUAUCACGCUCGAUCGUACUCAACGUGUUAUCACUCCUAUCAAUGAACACCAAUCAUAUGACUUUGAUGAGCCAACUUGAAAUAAUCGGACUGUCCGAUAUCCGAAAAGUUGUAAGACUGAUGACUCUAACUGCGAUGAAACGUGUGGAAACUAUCAAUAUUCAGAACUCUGAUGAUUUUCCCAAUUUCAAACUAUGUAACGAUUUUACGCGAUUUGCGACUCAUUUAUCGCCCGAAUCCAAUUCGUGUUUGAACCACCUGAGUGUUAGCAUAGCCGCCUUGGCGCAAAACGACGUAACUUCGGCGAAUCUUGUCGUCAAUAUGUGUAGCAAAGAUUUGGAAAUGUCAGCGGUGGGUGUUUCAGUCCCCAAAGCCACAUUUGCAGUGACUCAAGCCCUGGUCAAUAUAUUAUCGACUCACGGCGGUUGCUCUCUACAUGAUUUACCCAAGGACGAAGUUGCGAGUCCUUUAAGUGACCCCAACACUUUGGAACCUUUAACUCUAGUCAAUGCUUUAUCGGCUUAUGUGCUCUCGUUCCGCGUAGAUCAAGAAAACCGCGAAUGGGCUUCCGAACAAUUAUUUAAAACCAUAGCCAACAAAAUCCAAAUCUUGUCGGGAUCGACGUCUGAACAAACGAAUUUCGCCGACUUGACGAACUUCCUUCCAAAGGAGAGGAUGGAGUAUUUUGACGGACAUGACAAUAGAGUAUCGACGUUGGCCUAUCACGAAAAAAAUAACAAACUCGCAUCGGCCGGCUACGACGGUACUGUUCGAUUGUGGGUUUUCGAGUCGAGGACUCAACUGUCGCUGGAUGCGACUUUAGUGUUUCACAUUUCGAGCGAUAUUUUCGGAAAUGAGUUACAAGGGAGGUUAAUUGGCCAUGUGAAGUGGUCUCCGAGGGGUGAAUAUUUGGCCGCGGCGAUGGACAAUGUUAUCAAUAUUUGGCCGAUAAUCAACGAAGGGUAUCAAAAUUGGUUCAUCGAGGAUCAGAAGGAGUUUAUCACAACUUUAACGUGGCCCAAAUUUAAACUGAAUGAGGAGAAAGAUCGGGAUUUUUUGCUAGUGGGGAAAAUCGACGGGUCAGUGAGUUUGGUCAUAAUGAGCGAUGGGGGGAUUCAACGAGUGGAGUCACUCGCCAAUUGCUCAAUGAACUGUGCUGUCGUUCGGGCCGACUGGCACGACGAGGGCCACCCGUUCGCCGUGGCCUACCUCGAUGGCACCCUCAAGCUGGGCUGGAUCGACGAGAAUACCAACAUCACGACACUAAAAGCCCACGAAUCGGGCAUUUCUAGUCUCGAGUGGUCCCCCGACGGUUCAAUCCUUGCCACGAUUUCGUCCGAUUUGAAUUGCAAACUGUGGCAUUUGAAAGACUCAAAACUGACACUUAUCCACACCUUGUCACAAACGCACGAACCUGUGACCUUGAAAUGGUCGCCACUGAUUGGCGAUAGCAAAACACCCUUGUUACUCACGAUUGGUACUUCGUACGGUACCGUUUGUGCCUGGCGUUUGCCGGACACUGACCAUAACAAUAUUAAGCCGCAAUUGGUUAUGCAGGCACAAGGUCACGCGUGUAAUGCUGUGACGGGGUUGGCGGUGCACAAAAAUGGGUUGUUGUUGGCGAGCGGGUGUCCCAAUGGGAUUCUAAAUGUGUGGUCGUUGGUCGAUGGGAGUUUGGUGCAGACGGUUGUGGGCAGCGGUGGGGUGAAUUAUAAUGGGUUGCUGUGGAGUGGUGAUUCACUCGCUGUGGCGUUUUUACGGUCUAAGUCAAUUGGUUUGUUACAAUACGGGACUGGUAGUCUCACCAAGUACCAGUCUUUGACCACGGCACGGUGUGCCCUUAUCAGGAAAGGGGUGAAAGGGUUGAAAUCAGCCCAGUUUUUCAAAACGCUGAUUUUGUAUUUACCGAAGAUAAUUCUCGACCAAUACAAUAUCGAGAAGUUGGCGGUGCAAACCGGUGCACAAUUGUCACACUCCAGCUACUUGAAAAGUCUAACCUCGCUUGCGAUUUUACUAGAUUUGGAACACAUAAUUUGUUACAAGUGUCGUCCGUUUAACAAUAAAAACGAAUCCGAUGUGAUUCCCGAAAUGCAGUGGUUGCAUACGUUCACACUUGGCGCCCAAAUCGCCGAUUGUCUCAUCAAACGCACGAACUUACCCGAAUGUGUCUUGAGUCAGGCACGAGGCGUAGCCGAGUGUGUCACCACCGAGGCUGUACAGAACGCCUCAUGGACUUCAAAACAGGACGAACAAAUCAUGCAGUGGGUGUCUCAAAGGCCCCAGGACUGGCAAAUCGGGGGCAAAUGCAAGGCGUACAUGUGGGGCUCAGACAGGCACGGCCAACUUGCCGAACUGGGCUACAGUGCCUCGGUGCCCGUCCAAGUCGAGUCGUUUUCAAUCGCGCGAAAAAUAAUCUGUGGCCAAAACUGCACUUUUGUGAUACAAUCGGACGGCACAGUGUUGGCAUGUGGCGAAGGCAGCUAUGGACGCUUGGGACAGGGAAACUCAGAUGAUUUGCACUCCCUAAGUGUCAUUUCGAGUCUUCAAGGUUUCGUUAUAACCGAUCUAGCGACUUCGGUCGGUUCCGACGGCCACAGCUUGGCAUUGGCCGAAAGUGGCGAAGUUUUCUCAUGGGGCGAUGGUGAUUUUGGAAAGCUGGGUCAUGGUAACCCUGACCGACAACGCCGACCCCGUCAAAUUGAAGCCCUACAGACCGAACAAGUGGUCCAAGUGGCUUGUGGGUUCAAGCACAGUGCUGUGGUCACAAGCGAUGGGAAAUUGUUCACUUUCGGAAACGGCGAUUUCGGGAAAUUGGGCUUAGGUUCGGUGGCUAACAAAAAACUCCCUGAGCGGGUUAUGGCCCUUGAAGGGUACAGGAUCGGUCAAGUGGCCUGUGGUUUGAACCACACUGCUUGCGUUUCGACUGAUGGAAUGACAGUCUGGACGUUUGGUGAAGGGGAUUAUGGAAAAUUAGGCCUGGGUUACGCCACAAUGAAACUCCUCCCACAAAAAGUCGAAACUGUGUGUAACCUCGGGAUUAAGAAAGUCGGCUGUGGGACACACCUAACUCUUUUUUUGACAAAAGACGGUAAAGUCUUCGUGUGUGGGAUUGAUAGAAUGCCUUGGCAUUCGUUGUUUCGGGAACGUGCGGUUUUUAAACCCCAAAUCAUGACGUCACUUUCCGACUAUUCUAUUGAAGACUUGGCUGUGGGGACCGAACACGUGUUAUUUUUAACAACCUGUGGGAAAGUACUUGGGUGGGGGAUGACCGGCGAGGGUCAGUUGGGACUCCCCCAUGUGUCAUUGGUUCGGCACCCCGAAAUCAUAACCGAACUUUCGGACAAGGGAAUAAGACAGAUUUCCACCGGACGAACGCACAGUGCGGCCUGGAGCGCACCUCCUCUCCCUCAGAGGGUUCCAGGAGUGACGAGGUCGCUAACUUUCGGCCUCCCAGCUAAUAUCCCCAGUCAGUAUGACCACCUCCAAGGCCUCUCGAUUGAGUUAAUCCAAGCCCGGGUCAUGUUUUUGCACCGUUUUUCCGAUAUGUUGUACUCGUGCUGGACCUUGAUGCCUUUGAGUCACCAAGAAGGGAUGAAGCUACCCCCAUUAGAGGGGUUAGUCUCACCGAGUUUAAGACCGCUACUUGCUUCAAGAGUUUACACGUUUCCGUUUGUGAGGUGUAUAGGAAAGACGAUGGUGCAGGGGAAGAAUUACGGGCCGCAGAUUAUCGUUAAGAGGAUCAAUCAGGAAGACGUUACAGGUCGCAAAUGCAAGCCCGUGUUCGUUCAAAUCGCCAAACAAGUCGUAGACAUCAAACCCCAAGAGCUGCGCUUGCCCUCGCGUGCUUGGAAAGUGAAACUCGUCGGAGAAGGCGCCGACGACGCCGGUGGCGUCUUCGACGACACCAUCACCGAAAUGUGUCAAGAAAUCACCUCGGGGAUUGUCCCUCUCCUUGUCCCAACCCCAAACGCCGUCAACGAAGACGGCUUCAACCGCGACCGUUACUUACUAAACCCGCAAUUAAACACACAACAGCACAUUGCCUGGUUUAAAUUUUUGGGUAUUUUAUUCGGGGUUGCGAUCCGCACCAGGAAGCCACUGGCCAUCCCGUUGGCCCCCAUGAUGUGGAAACUGAUAGUGGGCGAAGUUGUCACAAUCGAGGACCUGGAGGAAGUGGACUGUAUGUAUGUGCAAAGUUUGCGGAGCAUUCGAGACAUUCAUUUGUCGGGGGUGGGCGAGGAGAAUUUCCACGAGGUGAUUCCGUUGGAGUGUUUCGAAGGAACGAGUUGUACCGGAAAAGUUUUGCCGAUUGUUUACGGGGGACGUAGCAUACCGCUAACGUUCCACAACCGCACGCAAUAUUUCGAGCGAGCCGUCAAGUUUCGCUUGGAAGAGUUUGAUUUGCAAAUUACGAGUAUACGGGAAGGGAUGGCCGGGAUUGUCCCUGUGCCGUUAUUGUCGCUAAUGACGGCCGAUUACUUGGAACAGUUAGUUUGCGGCAUGACGCACAUUUCCAUCCCGAUUUUGAAAAAAAUCAUAAGGUAUCGCGAAUUGGACGAGAAUCACAAUUUGGUGAGGUGGCUGUGGAACAUUUUGGAGGGUUUUAGCGACGCUGAGCGUGUUUUGUUCAUGCGGUUUGUGUCGGGGCGGUCCCGACUGCCGGCGAAUUUGGCCGAUUUGUCGCAAAGGUUCCAGGUGAUGAAAGUGGACAAGGCAGUGAAUGGGUUACCGACAGCCCAGACGUGUUUUUUCCAAUUGAGGCUUCCGCCCUACACCUCACAGGAGAUAAUGGCCGAGCGGUUGAGGUACGCGAUUAACAAUUGCAAGUCGAUCGAUAUGGACAACUACAUGUUGGCGAGGAACACCGAUCAGGGGGUCGUCUCCGAUGAGGAGUACUUGUAAGGCUGAAUGAAACGUACUGAACAAAAGCUGGACAGGUAGUUAAGUUGUUUGUGUUUUUUAUUACUUUGCAAAAAAUACAUUUGAAACGAU